AUGAAAAGGGAAAGAAGGAAAGAAAAAAAUAAAAUCAAGCGCACAGCAGAGGAACAGAAAGCUAUCCAUGCCAUAUGGACGAAAGGGCAGUGGCAUGAAGCAGAGUUCGAUCACCCGAGUGUCGUAUUUCUUGAGAAACGGGAUAGACACGUCAUACCAAUGAUUUCCAAUGCUAAGUGUUACUCUCCACGCUGUGAUGCAUAA